AUGACGCGCCGUAUAGUACGGACGAUAAUCCAGCUCACCGCGGUGACGCUUGUGACGUUCCUCGCCGUCUUCUUCCUCGACCGAAACUUCCGAGUUUUACCAAAGUCGAUGCACCACUACAUGCCGCAGCAUCACCACGGCCUGAUUGUCACGGAUAUCACAGUAACGAAAUGCUCGAGCAUAAACGUCUUCACAUCCUGCAACCUCGACACCAACAAAUGGCACCGAAUCGAAAAGGACCUGUACCUGGGCAAGUCAUGGACCACCAGCGCAUACGUACACGUCGCACGGAAGAAGGAGGAGGAGCUGCUACCAGAGGAUAAGGUAGUCAUGGACGUUUCCGUCGGCCGACUCGACCCCACGACUUCUAAGAAGGGAGAGGAGGACGAGAGGUGGGAGAGCCGACCAUACGGAUUGUGGGUGAAGCGGUCUUCCAACCAGAAAGACAGCGACUCCAAGAAGGCCGUUACAGGCAUCGAUGUCCUGUUUGGCGACGACGCGGUUGAGGCUCGCGAUGGCUGGCAGAUCACCGGAACGCCCUUGCUGCUCCCGCUCAACGAAGAAAUCCCCGUCACCCACAUCACUCUCCGGAGAGGAAGCCAGAAGGAGCCUCACAAACCACAGCCGCGAAUUCCCGAGAACGGCAGGUUCAAAAUCAUGCAACUGGCCGAUCUCCACCUCAGUACCGGCGUCGGCAAGUGUCGCGAUGCCAUGCCCGAGGGCUACAAUGGCGGCUUGUGCGAGGCGGAUCCCAGAACGCUGGAUUUCGUCCAGAAGAUCCUCACCGAGGAGAAGCCCCAUUUGGUCGUGCUUAGUGGGGAUCAAGUCAAUGGCGAAACUGCUCCUGAUGCGCAGUCGGCAAUCUUCAAAAUCGCUCAAAUCCUCAUCAAGAUGAAGAUCCCUUACGUUUCAAUUUUUGGAAACCACGAUGAUGAGGGAUCGCUUCCUCGCGCUGCUCAGAUGCAAAUUCUCGAAUCGCUCCCAUAUUCUCUGGCAAAGGCCGGACCCGAAGAAAUCGAUGGUGUUGGCAACUACUAUGUUGAGGUCCUUGCUAGAGGCAAGUCGGACCAUUCAGCACUCACCCUCUACAUGCUCGAUUCCCAUGCAUAUUCUCCCGAUGAGAAGAAGUACCAUGGGUACGACUGGAUCAAGCAGAACCAGAUUGAGUGGUUCAAGAAGACUUCUACCAAUCUGAAGAAGGCACACAAGGAGUACAGCAAGGUUCACAUGGACCUGGCCUUUAUUCACAUUCCUUUGCCCGAGUACAGGGAUGCCGAUCUCGCCAUCAAAGGCGAAUGGAAAGAGGGUGUUACAGCACCCAACUUCAACUCCGGCUUCCGUGACGCCCUCGUCGAGCAGGGCGUCGUGAUGGUCAGCUGUGGACAUGACCAUGUCAACGACUACUGCUCCCUCUCGCUAGACAGCCAGCAGAAGCCAGCCCUCUGGAUGUGCUACGCCGGCGGAGUCGGCUUUGGCGGCUAUGCCGGGUACGGAGGAUACCACCGCCGCAUACGUGUAUUCGAGGUCGAUACCAACGAAGCUCGGAUCACGACGUGGAAGCGUGUCGAGUGGGGCGACACCAGUAAACGGAUCGACGAGCAAAUCAUUGUUGAAGCGGGCGGGCCGAUAGGCAUCAGAGAAAAGAAGGCAUGA